AUGCGUAUAAAAGUGCAUCAUCUCUUUCUGCUAAUUCUGGUUGGAAUAAUUGGUAUUACGCUUGGAAAAGACAACAAUAAAACAAAAUUAAUUACAGGCCAUAAAAGACACAGCUAUUCUCAGGUAAAGGCUAAUUAUGUUCGCAGCAAACGAGCGCUGGGUGACGAUGAGGAAGACAGACCGUUCUGGCCUCAUAGGGGCAGGAGAUUCCCGUCGUAUGGCAAAUCAGAUCACGAAAGAGCACCAAAAAUGGAUAAAGACCCACCAUUUUGGGGAGCAAGGGGCAGACGAGACCGUUCUGCCUUAGAAAAUUAUGUAGGUCAAGAAUACCCUACCACAUCUACUAAUGCCAAAUUGUUCGCUACGAAUUGUAAGCAAUGCAUUAAAACAUUUGUUAAAAAUGAACAAACAGACUUAGAGUUUUCAAAGGAAAGGCGAGAUGAACUUAGUUCUCCGUUUUGGGGAAAUCGUGGACGACGAAAUUCUGAUGAUACUGCUGAAGAAAAUGAACCGUUUUGGGGAAAUCGUGGACGACGACAGUCCGAUGAAAUAUCUGAAGAAAAUAAUCCGUUUUGGGGUAAUCGUGGACGACGAAAUUUAGAUGACAAUGCCGAAGAUAAUGAUCCGUUUUGGGGAAACCGUGGUCGACGAAAUUCUGAUGAAAGUGCUGAAGAAAAUGAUCCAUUCUGGGGAUCGAGAGGCCGUAGGCAAGAAGAACCAGUAUUCUGGGGAAGUCGGGGCAGACGGUAUGAUGCAAAUGCCUAUGACGUCGAAGAUCCGCCUUUUUGGGGAAAUCGUGGCAGAAGGGACUACAAAAACAGACGACGGGAAGCAUUAAAAAAAGUUUUGAAAGAAGCUAUAAAUACAGUUGAAGAUAACAUAGAAAGUCUUACUAGGAUGCGACGAGAUAACAAAUUUGUUCCAAAUUCUUUUUGGACAAGUCGGGGUCGAGACAGCCAACUAAAAUAUUUGUUUAAAGGGCGAAGACAUAGGUAUCAAAAUCCAACUUUUUUGAACGCGAGCCCCGAUAUACACCUAAAACCAACUGCAGUCAGUACAGUGCUCGACGAUAGAAUUUUUGCCGAAGAACCACAUUAUAUUGUUAUUGAGAGAAGCAGCCGUUCGUCGGGUGAAGAUGACCCUUUCUUCAUUUCUAGAGGCAAAAAGGAAUUCAUUCGCAGUCACUAUUCAAAAGCAGUAAGGGACAGACGUGGUGCAAUUGACGAAUUAGUGAAGUCCGUACGUAACGACCCUUAUUACAUCGCGCGAGGAAAGAAAGAUCAGCCGGAUAUAAUUAACGGAAAUUCGACUUCGCUACACAAGGAACUUGGUAAAGCUAAAGAACUAAUUUGUGCUACAAUUGAUUUAAUUUUCAUUAAAAAUGAAGAUGGGAAAACGAAGAGAGAGGUGAAUGAUAAUGAGCGCGAAAGGCGAACGAUAUUGAAGAAGCUCGCUGCUCAAUUACAAAUGGAUCCCUAUUUUGUGAGCAGGGGCAAGAAGAACGAAUCCGAUAUCAAUGAAGAUAAUUUAGAAGAAUUCUUUUAUGAAGUAUCUUCUAAGUGUAAUUAAUUCUUCUUAGAAUUGAGAAAAAAAU